UUACAUGAAUAGAAUUCAAUUGGGAAUUAUUCUGCAAAAGAAUUUAUCAUGUAUGAUAUAAUAUGAGGAUCGCCAAAAACGUAUCGUAUGACUUUAGGCAUGACGAACAUAUACCAAUCUCUAUUGGUCUAAGUGAAGAUCAACUAGAUUGAGAUCAAGAAUACUUAUGGUACUUGAAAAGGUACAUAGGAAUAGUUCUUGAUUCAAGGAAAUAAAGAUAUGCUAAAUAUUGAUGCUACACGCAUAAACACUGGCAAAGGAUCAAGCAAGACCCUUUGGAGUUAACCAUUGAUAAGGACGAGCUAUAGAGCAUCGUGUUUUGAAAUGGCAACAUGGAUUGGAGACCAUGAGUUGUUGCGUGGGAAAUUAAAAUAUUAAUUUCUAUGUUCUAAAAUACAGCUGGAAAGUAUUCCACAUAUCUAUGAACUGCUUGGAUAAGUAAUUCCAAACAAAGCAUCACUAGCAACCUAUAAAGUUGAAGUAAAAGUACUUAUUGCCUAAGAAGCAAUAAAACAGGGUUGUUUGUUUAUGUUAAAGAAUUCUUCACUGAACUUGGGUAGAUCACAUGUCUGUUGACUUAAUAGUUCUUCAUUGCAAAAUGCGUAGAACCACUAUUUAAGUAAGAAAGACUAGAUCACAUAAUAAACAAACUCAAAAGAUCUUAUCAUCAUAUCUCGAAGAACAUUCGAUGAAAAGGAUAUUAAGAUUAGCAAAGCAUGAUAACUAAACCUAUGCAACAAGUGAGAAGAAACACUCACAUUGUAGCACUGGAAAUCAAGCAUAGCUUUGAAUUCCAUGAAAUGUUUUAAAGAUGGGUUAGAGGCCCAUGGUUCUUAAACAAUGGGGUUGAACAUUUAUCAUAUAUGAAAUGUAUUUUUCAUAUUCCAUUUAAUCUUGGUUUAGUAUUAAAUGAUGAGUCCCUUCAAUUUGGCGAUAUAUUCAAGAUAGACUGUCAGGACCAGUCCCGUGACUAAGAAAUGUCUAUCAAGUGAACUUGAAUGUCAAAGGUUGAAAAUGGUCCCUAGUCGGAGUUUUCUAUAAAAUUGGACGCAUAGAAAACGUUAGACGAUUAGAAUGCAAGAUGACUAGUAGUUCUGUUUCUUGAACUAUGUGGACAUGGCAAUGUCAUAAUCAUUUGAAUAGAUACUUACUUUGGGAAGACUAGUAUCGGACAAGACCUAUGAAACUUUACUGUAAGAGAUGAAAAUCUGUCAUAAGUAAAUUUCAUUAAAAUUAUUAGACACUAAAUCCUCAAUACCUGAGUGAUUUGAGAUUACUUGUUUGAGAACUGGUUGCUUUGAUGUUGACCAACCGUCGCACCGUAAAAGGAGGCUAUAAAGGCAACGCUCAGGUAAUCACCUGUCAAACGAAGUCUAAUAUCAAGAUCGCAAGAUUGGGAUUGUCCUCCCAUAAAUCGGGAUGAGAUGCUUAAAAGUUGUACAAGGCCACUCGGAGAGCUAGAAACUGUGAAAUGCAUGGCCGUGCUCGGAUGAAUCAUAGGCUAUGAUUAUCUGUCUAUUUGAUCAGUUGAACUCUGAAACCGAGGAACACCUCUGGACAUAAUAAGGAUGACAACUCUUACCUUAUGUUCAAGAGCAAGCAUCGAGCGACAAAGGAAUUAGGAAAUGCACACUUGUCCCUAAGGACAAGUGGGAGACUGAAGGAAAUAAUGCCCUUGGUCCAAGUAUGCAUUCUAUGUUAAGUCUAAUAAGUGCGGUUCAGUAUUAAUUAACAAGUUAAUAAUUCAGUGAGAUCAAGUGAGCUGAAUGCCUAGCUAGAGGCCGCUUCAGUUCAAGUGGAAUUAAUGAUAUUAAUCCACAGCUUACUCUUGACUGAACCCGUAGGGUCACACAAAUAGUACGUAAAUGGAUCAAGUAUUUAAUGGCAUUAAAUACUCCAUCUAUGGAUAUUCGGAAUCGACGGAUCUUUGUUUCAGUGGGAGCUGAGAUCGUCACAGGCAAGAAAUGAAUACUCCGGAAACGAUGAUAUUGCCGAAAACGGAAAUAUGGAUCGUAUCGGAAAUAUAAAUAUUAUCCAAGUCGUAGAUGUUGCCGGAAACGGAAACAUGGUACGUAUCGGAAAAUAUUAUCGGAAAUGGAAAUUUGCCGGAAUCGGAAAUAUUGCCGGAAACGGAAAUAUUGUCAGAAUCGGAAAUAUUAUCGGAAUCGGAAAAUAAUUUUGGAAACGGAAAUAUUAAAUAUUUGUUCGAAACGGAAAUUAAUUCCGGAAUCGGAAAUAUUAAAUAUUGUUUGUAUCGGAAAUGAAUUCCGGAAUCGGGAAAUUAAUCGGAAGCGUAUCGUACGAAUUAGCAUCGGACGAGGCCUGCCAGACGAAGGCCCAGCACGAAGCCGGGCCAUCGCCCAACAAGCCAGCGCGCUACAACGCACCAGCCAAGGCUGCGCCAGGCCCACCGCAAGGCAGGCCUAGCGUGCGCCAAGGCUGCGGCAGCGUGUGGGCCUCGUGGCAAUGGGCUGCGAGCUCAUGGGCUGCGCGCGCGCGCAUGGCGCCCCUCGUGGGCUGCUGUGCGUGCGUGUGUGUGUUUGUGUGCUAUAUGAAUCCUAAAGCUAUCAGGUUUCGACAUAUGAUUAAAUUCCUAAACCUAAAAGGAUGAAUUAAUUAAACAAGAAUUCUAUUAAGAUUCUAGUUUAAUUAAUUCGUAUCCUAAUAGGAUUCCAGUUCCUUUUCCAUACCUCUAUAAAUAGGUGCCUAGGGUCAUAAUUUAUAGAGACAAUUGAAGUAUUCAAGUAUUCAAAGUGAUUUUUGAGAGCAAAAAUUCAGUCACAUAAUUGCCUACAAUAGCCGAAAAUUCUAAGUACCUUAAGGGCGAUCCUAGUUGGUCAAGCUUAAGGCAGAUCCGGACGUGCUAUGGACUAUCUACGGAGGGACGACACUUGGAGUCCUAAAGACUUGUUCUUGUUCGGUUCGGGCGCAGCUAGGGAGGGCACGCAACAAAGUGCUCAAGAAAAGCUGGUGUUGGAUUCCUUGCUGACUGCUCUCUAGUUUGAAUUUUUAUAUAAUUAGGCAUCAGACAAUUGAUUUGGAUUUUUUGUAUUGAACUGGGGUUGUGUUGUUUUCAUUGAUUUGUAUACAAUGAUGAUGGUAUAUAUUACUAUAAUGUAGAAAUCAUUGAUAUAUCAUUGAUGGUAUUACUAUAAUGUAGAAAUCAUUAUCAUUGAUGGUAUUAUUAUAAUGUAGCAGGUGCAGCUAAACAAGCAGAUUCAUAUAAGAAUCAAUAUCUUGUCUUUUGCGACGGGUUAGGCUGUCAUAGUUGUUGUUCCGGGUGUGGAAUGAGAACAGCUGACUGUGGGAUACUGGAUUCCUGUCGAGAUUGCCGGUUGAUAUCUGCACAACAGAAUGGAUUAACUAGCCUCGGGGGUGGUUCGAGGAUCCCCCCUCCGAUGCCUAAGUAAGAUUACUGAGAGAUUAAGAGAUGAUUAAGAGAUGAUUAGAGAGUAAGAAAGAAGUGUGUUUAAGUGUUUGUGUACCUCAUAGCAAUAAAUGAGGUGCUCCUUAUAUAGACCAAUCCAAGGGUACGAUCUGGUAGGUCCCUUGUGGUUAGAUAGCGACCUGUUGAUAGUGACCCUUGGUUGGUUGUCUUCAUGAUAAUGCCGGUAGGUUGUCUUGCAAAAAUGCCGGUAGAGGAUAUUUACCUAAGAUGACCAGAUUACCUGCAGGUUAAGUUUACAUACGGGGAGUUCUGCCGGUACCAGGUGGUGCCGGUAGGACACCCCGUACAACUAGCCCCCUCAGAGUAAGCGCAUAUAUGACAAUUGUUGCGCUUGCUCUGAGUUUAAUGGGAAAAAAUAAGUAUUAUUUUGAUACCUGGUGGUACAACUAGCCCCCUCAGAGUGAAGCGCAGGUGCUGACUGUGUUGCGAGUAUUUCUGAGAAAAGACCGCGAACAGUUUGUCGACUGCCUUCGCUCUGAAUGAAGAAUUUUGUUGCUAGGUCCUUUGGAAAAAAGAUUUUGACGACUAGCCCCCUUGAAAAAGGUUUGGACGACUAGCCCCCUUGUAAAAGGUUUGGACGACUAGCCCCCUUGAAAAAGGUUUGGACGACUAGCCCCCUUGUAAAAGGUUUGGACGACUAGCCCCCUUGUAAAAGGUUUGGACGACUAGCCCCCUUGUAAAAGGUUUGGACGACUAGCCCCCUUGAAAAAGGUUUGGACGGCUAGCCCCCUUUGAAAAAAGAUUUUGACGACUAGCCCCCUUGAAAAAGGUUUGGACAACUAGCCCCCUUUGAAAAAGGUUUGGACGACUAGCCCCCUUGUAAAAGGCUUGGACGACUAGCCCCCUUGGGAAUACUUCAGAUGACUAGCCGCUUUUCGAAUUUUUUCCUUACAAGUGGCGGGAGAUUGCUAGUCACGUUCCUCCACGUGGCCUUCAUCCUGUGCCUCAUUUUUUGUGCUUAUUUUGGGCCGUUGAUUUCGAUCGUAACUGUCUCUUCAACUGCUCGACUUAAGGGGCAUGACCUUUCACAUCCCCCCUCUUUGACCUAUACGACCCCAAAACUUCUUCGAGAAUUUACUUUUUCAACCAUUUUUACUUCGUUUGAAUUUUCGAUUUCUCUUUCUUCCCUUGCGGUUUUGCGUUGAACUUCGUUGCUGUUUUACCAAGUCUUUGCUGUUGUGGUGAUUUGUACUUGCUAAGGUUCUUAGCCUCUUUUCCUUUCGUUGCUGAAUUCUGGGUUUUCCUUCCCCUCUCUUAUCCUUGUGGUUGAUUUUUCUUUGUUUCUGUGUUUUUUGUAGGUUUUUUCUGUGUUUCUCUUUGACGUGGUUCAUUGUAUUUCAAACUUCAGAAAACUCGUAGGUAUCCCCCCCCUCUUUUCUGCUCCUCUUUGAUUACUUAGAUUUUGCUUUUCUUUGUUGUGUUUCACUUUUUACUACCCACCGCCUCGAAAAUGACCAAAACUUUGGGCGGGGACAAUCCUUCUUCUCAACCUUCUAGGUUUUCUGGUUGGAGUGUUCCUCGAGAGAGUAAUUGUAGUUGGGCCCGGGAGGAGCCGUACUUUCAAUCUAAUUUAAGACGGACUGCCAUUCGUGAGGUGUAUGACGAGGGUUUGAGUCAGGCUGAGAGAGAGCGUUGCUUUGCCCUACAUCAACUGCGGUCUCGAAUGAUAAGGGAAAUGCGAUCUAAUGAACGCCCUACUCCGGCUACCGAGGCCGCUUUAGAUGUCUCCCCUAUUUCAGUGCGAUAUCACAUUCGCUCUUAUCGGGAAUUUUUGGAUUCCGCCGGUAGUGGCCAUGGACAGUAUGGAACUAAUAGUGGCAACCUCGGUGUUUCUUUUGGUCAGGCUGAUAGGAUGGCACCAGAACAACCGGCUAGCACUAGCGGUCGCCGCCCUGGUAAAGAGCCUGCUACUGACGACGUUGGUAUUGCUAUUGGGGAAUAUUCUGAUGGUGAUUCCAUUUUUGAGGAUUCCGCCGGUAAGGGUGUUGACGAACACAGAAGUGGUGGUGGCGAUGAAGCCGGCGUGUCUGGUAGAGACGGUAUGGAAAUCAACGAUGAGGGUGUGGAAGCCAACGAUGAGGGUAUUGGCUCAGAUGAUGAUGACCCUGCCGAUAUUAUAGUGGCCGAAGUUCUUGCGGAUGAGGCUAAGGAGCAGCCUUAUUUUACCGACGACUCCACGGACGUUCACAGGAAAGAAGAGCUUCCCCCUUUAGAGACUCUUCCUCGCACUAUAAAGAUUUUGACGACAUGGCGCGAUUUGAUUAUUAAGAAGAAUCAUGUAGUACAUGGGGGGGUUUUUCUUGGCUUACCGGCUGAAUAUAAGUUGGUAGUGCCGGCUGAAGGUGCUACAAUUUUUGAUUGCCCUCCCGGCCAUAUUGCUGUUUAUGCGAAGCAUUUUGAUUUUGGGCUUCGCUUUCCUUUGCAUCCUUUCGUUGAGAAGAUAUUUCGCGCCUGGAAUGUUUGUUUGGCCCAGGUUACACCUACUACUAUCAGAACCGUUAUUUCUUUCGUCUGGCUGUGUCUGUUUAAGCAAUGGCCGCUGACAUUAAAUUUAUUCAAGCGAUUGCUGUGGCUAAAGAAGGACGGUGAGACGGGGUGGAUGUCGGCCUAUAGUGCAACAAAAAGGAAGACUGUGCAUCCUCCGCUGUCGAGUUGUAAAGACUGGCAGGAUCGUUUUUAUUUUGUUCAAGUUCCCGACGAUUUUCUUCUUCGGCGGACUUUUACCAAACCUAGGCCUCGAAUGGAGCAGUAUAACCAGCGUGGUUUGGGCCGCCGGGAAAGAAAAGCAUUUGAUUAUUUAGAGUGCGACAUUCUUGAUGUCGGCCUCAGCAAAAAGCAGGCUGUAAAUAGAAAUUGGCUUCCUAAUGCCUAUUAUAUUUUGGGUAGCCAACCGUUGUCUGCUGUCGGCUUAUGCAAUACUCAUUGCUUUGGUAAACACACCAUUAGUUGAUUUGCCCGCCU